ACCUAAUCGGAGCGACUUCACCGUAGUCGCCUUCACAAGCUCGGGCGAAACGUCGUCGCGCGGCUCAUUUUCGCCGAGUGUAAUACUAUUGCCUGUCCACUGUUUUUCAACUACGUUGAUGCGUGGAGAAGAGCGUGGAGAGGGCAAUUGUAAAGAAUAAUGCAAAUGGCGGAUGUUCUUCCAUGCCGAAGGAUCCGCUUUAACUCAAUUUUAACGUUUACCUCAGAAAGAAGUACACACCCAAUUGUUUUAUUCAACGUGGCUUUUUCAUCUAAUAGUUGCCAAUACUAGGAACGCCGUUUCGAGAUUAUCGAAUACUUUGAAGAUCAUCUUGGAGCUGCAGACAUGGAGAUGGAUCAGAUACCACGAACACGAGAAGAUAUCGAGGCCCAGAUUCGAGACAUUCAAGAAAAGAAAAAGAACGUGCAAAUUACUACUACCGCGGAGGAACAAGUUGCCCUAGGGAAAACAGGAUUUUACGAUCAAGAUAUUUACGACGGUACCAAUAACAAGUUUGACGGAUAUGUUACAUCGAUCGCUGCCAAUGAUGAGAUAGAUGACGAGGAUUAUGAACCAAGUACAUUUAGUACAAAUAAAAGGGGCUUCAAUGCUCCAGCUGCUUUGCUCAAUGAUGUUGCGCAGAGCGAAAAAGAUUACGAUCCUUUCGCGGAUAGAAGACGUCCUACUAUUGCAGAUAGGGAAGAUGAAUACAGACAAAAAAGAAGACGGAUGAUUAUUUCUCCUGAGCGUGUUGAUCCAUUUGCAGAAGGUGGAAAAACUCCAGAUGUUGGUUCAAGGACAUAUACAGAGAUUAUGAAAGAACAACUGUUAAAAGGAGAAGAAUCAGAAUUACGUAAAAAAAUAGCUGAAAAAGCGAAAGAUGGAACAUUAAAAACUAAUGGAGAACCAAAACCAGCACCAAAAAAACGUGGACGUUGGGAUCAAACAGAUGAUACACCUACACCUAAGAAACCAACUAUUGGUACAAUUGCUACACCAACUUCCUGGGAUACUGCCGAUGUCACACCCGCUGCGGUUCGAUGGGAUGAAACCCCAGGUCAUGGAAAGGGGGGUGAAACGCCAGGGGCCACACCAGGCGUUAGUACUAGAAUGUGGGAUGCAACGCCUGGCCAUGCAACCCCAGGUGCCGCUACUCCUGGUAGAGAAACACCACAUGAAAAGGUUGUUUCUAGUCGUAGGAAUAGAUGGGAUGAAACCCCAAAAACAGAAAGAGAAACCCCUGGUCAUGGUAGUGGCUGGGCUGAAACUCCAAGAACUGAUAGAGUCGCUGGAGAUCUCAUUCAAGAGACCCCAACGCCAUCAGCCAGUAAGCGGAGAAGUCGUUGGGAUGAAACUCCAUCCACUCAAACACCUGGGUCUAUGACCCCCCAAACCCCGGCAACACCACUUACUACGCCACACCAGACGUCGAUUUUGACUCCUAGUGGUACAACCCCUACGGGUCCAAAAGCCAUGGGAAUGGCCACUCCUACACCAGGACAUUUGAUGUCAAUGACACCAGAACAAUUGCAAGCUUAUCGUUGGGAAAGAGAAAUAGAUGAGAGAAACAGACCAUUCUCGGAUGAUGAAUUAGAUGCAAUGUUCCCACCCGGUUAUAAAGUAUUACAACCUCCCGCCGGUUAUGUACCCAUAAGAACACCGGCGAGAAAGUUAACGGCCACACCAACACCAAUCGCUGGCACACCACAAGGCUUUUUCAUUCAGCAAGAAGAUAAAAAUGCCAAAUUAAUCGACAAUCAACCAAAAGGAAAUUUACCCUUUAUGAAGCCAGAAGAUGCCCAAUAUUUUGAUAAAUUAUUAGUGGACGUAGACGAAGAAUCACUUAGCCCUGAAGAGCAAAAAGAGAGGAAAAUUAUGAAGUUGUUAUUAAAAAUUAAAAAUGGAACACCACCAAUGCGUAAGGCUGCUUUAAGACAGAUAACUGAUAAGGCUAGAGAAUUUGGUGCUGGGCCACUGUUCAAUCAAAUUUUACCUCUCCUUAUGUCACCUACCUUGGAAGAUCAGGAAAGACAUUUACUCGUUAAAGUUAUUGAUCGCAUCUUAUAUAAAUUAGAUGAUUUGGUUAGACCUUAUGUGCAUAAGAUUCUCGUUGUGAUUGAACCCUUAUUGAUUGACGAAGACUACUAUGCUCGUGUAGAGGGUAGAGAAAUCAUUUCAAAUUUAGCCAAAGCGGCUGGCUUAGCUACUAUGAUUUCAACAAUGAGACCUGACAUUGACAAUAUCGAUGAAUACGUAAGAAACACAACAGCUAGAGCGUUUGCUGUUGUUGCUUCAGCUUUAGGUAUUCCUUCUCUUUUACCUUUUCUCAAAGCUGUAUGUAGAAGUAAAAAAUCUUGGCAAGCACGUCACACUGGUAUUAAAAUUGUUCAACAAAUCGCUAUUCUAAUGGGAUGCGCUAUAUUACCACAUUUAAAAAGUUUAGUGGAAAUUAUUGAACACGGUUUGGUUGAUGAACAACAAAAAGUUCGAACGAUCACAGCUUUGGCAAUAGCAGCCUUAGCCGAAGCUGCCACCCCAUAUGGUAUUGAAAGUUUCGAUUCAGUCCUAAAACCUCUUUGGAAAGGUAUUCGUAACCAUAGAGGUAAAGGUCUCGCUGCCUUUUUAAAAGCCAUUGGGUAUUUAAUUCCACUUAUGGAUGCCGAAUACGCAAAUUAUUAUACUCGUGAAGUAAUGCUGAUUCUAAUUCGAGAAUUUCAGUCACCCGAUGAAGAAAUGAAAAAAAUUGUAUUGAAGGUAGUGAAGCAGUGUUGUGGGACAGAUGGUGUCGAAGCUCAAUACAUUAAGGAUGAAAUUUUACCACAUUUCUUUAAGCAUUUUUGGAAUCAUAGAAUGGCUUUGGAUCGUAGGAAUUAUAGACAACUCGUUGAUACAACUGUAGAAAUUGCCAACAAAGUUGGCUCUUCAGAAAUCAUUAAUAGAGUCGUUGAUGAUCUAAAAGAUGAAAAUGAACAAUAUAGAAAAAUGGUUAUGGAAACCAUAGAAAAAAUUAUGGGCAAUUUGGGAGCUGCCGAUGUCGAUUCGCGGCUUGAGGAACAACUUAUAGACGGCAUUCUUUAUGCUUUCCAAGAACAGACAACAGAGGACGUAGUAAUGCUCAAUGGUUUUGGUACAAUUGUAAACACCUUAGGUAAAAGAGUUAAAGCAUAUUUACCUCAAAUAUGUGGUACAAUAUUAUGGAGACUAAAUAACAAAUCGGCAAAAGUCAGACAACAAGCUGCCGAUCUUAUUUCGAGGAUUGCUAUUGUUAUGAAAACCUGUCAAGAGGAAAAACUUAUGGGACAUUUGGGAGUUGUACUUUAUGAGUACUUGGGUGAAGAAUAUCCAGAGGUAUUGGGUAGUAUAUUAGGAGCCUUAAAAGCCAUUGUAAAUGUAAUUGGUAUGACAAAAAUGACACCACCAAUUAAAGAUUUACUCCCUAGACUAACACCAAUUUUGAAAAACAGACACGAAAAAGUACAAGAAAAUUGUAUCGACUUAGUUGGUAGGAUAGCAGACAGAGGACCCGAAUAUGUAUCAGCUCGAGAAUGGAUGAGAAUUUGUUUCGAACUUCUGGAAUUGUUAAAAGCACAUAAAAAGGCUAUUAGGCGAGCAACGGUAAACACAUUUGGAUACAUAGCAAAAGCUAUUGGACCUCACGAUGUUUUAGCAACUUUAUUAAAUAACCUCAAAGUCCAAGAACGUCAAAAUCGUGUAUGCACAACUGUGGCUAUUGCUAUUGUAGCAGAAACUUGUAGUCCUUUUACAGUAUUACCGGCGCUCAUGAACGAGUACAGGGUUCCAGAACUUAAUGUACAAAAUGGUGUUCUUAAGUCACUAUCCUUCCUAUUCGAAUAUAUUGGAGAAAUGGGUAAGGAUUACAUUUACGCAGUCAGUCCAUUACUUGAAGAUGCAUUAAUGGAUAGAGAUCUGGUUCACAGACAAACGGCUUGCGCAGCUAUUAAGCACAUGGCUUUAGGGGUUCAUGGUUUUGGUUGCGAAGAUGCACUUAUUCAUUUAUUGAAUUACGUGUGGCCAAAUGUUUUCGAAACGUCACCACAUUUGGUACAAGCAUUUAUGGAUGCUGUCGAUGGAUUACGAGUUUCAUUAGGUCCAAUUAAAAUUCUUCAAUAUGCCUUACAGGGAUUAUUUCAUCCUGCAAGAAAAGUACGCGAUGUAUAUUGGAAAAUUUAUAAUUCACUAUAUAUUGGAGGUCAAGAUGCUCUUGUCGCUGGAUACCCAAGAAUAAUGAAUGAUCCAAAGAAUCAAUACAUUAGAUAUGAACUUGAUUACGUUUUGUAAUAAAAUUUUUUUUAUUUUCUUUACAAUUUUAAGAAAUUAC